AAAUGUGAAACGUCAACAAACUCAUUGAAAAUGUAAUCAAGUUUUCACCUAAUGUUUGUGAAAGAAGUUACAUGCUAAAAGAAAUAACCUUAACUGACCCUCAGAACGUUCACGGCGGAGAUAGUAGUUGUUGUCGUCAAGAGACUUUAUACGAUACUUUUGGGAAUGUUAUUGACCAGCUGAAGGCCAAUGUGGAAUGCUUCCUCGUGACUAAAUUGUGUAUUUGCACUUAACACGUGCAGAUCGGCUGCCCAAUGAAAGUCUUAUUUCAUUCAACGCCACAUUGGGCAACUUGCCCAUGAAUGAUGAGGAUGAAAUUAUGAAGACAGCACAACACCCAUUCCAUGAGCGGAGAAAAUCUCCAACCCUGCCAGGAAUCGAAUCAGGGCCAACUUGCAUGGGAGAAGAUGGCAUCAGGGAAAUGCAGAAGUUCUGUUUGUGGUGCAACUCUCAUCAAACAAGAGCCAGUUGAUGCCAACCCACUUGCAUCCUCCAAGCAAGAGAUGGAGUAUGUAUCUGCUAAGGAAGAAACUCCAAAGUGGGAUGUGCCUGAUGACCACGAUAGUACGCAUGAUCCACAAAGCAUCAUCAAAGAGGAGUGUUCAUCUUCAGAAGACUUUCUGAGCCAUAGCGCUCCCAGUAUUGAGGAUGACGACGAGGAUGCAGUGAGUGAGGAUGACUUUCAGGAGCUCAAGCAUGAAGUGGAGUCAAGAAGUAGUGGCAGUGAAUCAGAAAGUUCCAUCGGUGUUGGUGUGGACAACGACACUAAUGGAGACAACAGCGGUUUGAUUACCAGUAUUCCACUGCAUUCGUGCAGUGUGUGUCACAAAAUGUUCAGAAGGAGUACCUAUUUGAAGAAACACUUCAGAGUCCAUAGUGGUGAACGCCCAUACAGCUGUGGCGUUUGCAACAAGACUUUUGCGCAAAGUUGGGCACUGAAACAACAUUCGCGGCGGCACACAGGCGAACACCCAUACAACUGUGGCGUUUGCAGCAAGGCAUUCAUGCAUAAAUCUGAUCUGAAGAAGCACUUCCGGGUGCACACUGGUGAACGUCCGUACACCUGUGACGUUUGCAACAAGGCUUUUGUACAAAGUAGUGCGUUGAAGCAGCAUUCACGAUUGCACACUGGGGAGCGUCCGUACGUCUGUGGUAUGUGCAACAAGACAUUCGCUCUAAGUGCUUCACUGAAGCGGCACUCACAAGUGCACACUAGUGAACGCUCGCAUAGCUGUAGUGUUUGCAACAAGACAUUCAGACACAGUAGUAGCCUGAAGGACCAUUUGAGAAUCCACAGCGACGAGCGCCCCUACGUAUGUGGCAUUUGCAACAAGACAUUCGCUCAAAGUUGGGCACUGAGGCACCAUUCACGAUUGCACAGUGGUGAACGCCGAUACAGCUGUUGCAUUUGCAGAAAGACAUUCAGAGACAGAGAAGAAGUGAAGAAGCAUACACGACUCCACACUGGCGAGCGCCCAUACAUCUGUUGUGUUUGCAACAAGACUUUCGCUCUAAGUUCUUCGCUGAAGCGGCAUUCUCGAGUGCACACUGAUGAACGGCCUCACAGCUGUGAUAUUUGUAACAAGGCAUUCAGAUGCCGUUAUAGCCUGAAGAAGCAUGUGCGCAUGCACACUGGCGAGCGCCCGUACGCAUGUGGCGUUUGUAACAAGACAUUCGCGCAAAGCUGGGGGCUGACGCAGCAUUCACGAUUGCACACUGGUGAACGCGUACACAGCUGUGGCAUUUGCAACAAGACAUUCACUCUAAGUUCUGCACUGAAGAAGCAUUCACAGCUGCACACCGACGAACGCCUAUGAAGCUGUCAAGUGUGUCAUAUCCCUUUACACCCUGAAAUAUUUUUCAUUGUGCAAGAACUGCAAGUAGCAUUGUUAUAGUGUCCUGAUGUCAUUGAUUGCAGAAAAAAUACUACAAACAUUUUUUCAUUUAUAAUUAUCCAAAAAAGCACAAGCAUGAUCAUACACAUCAGGUUUUAAUUCAUUAGACAGUUCAUAU